AUGGGAGAUUUCAACGCACAAAUCGGGCCAGAUAACAAUGGAAGAAAACAAGUGAUGGGUAAACAUGCUCUCGGCACAAUGAACGAUAAUGGGGAGCGUUUCUAUGAAUUAUGUAACACCAUGGGCCUCACCAUAGGAGGUAGUCUCUUCCCGCACAAACAUUUGCAUAAAGUCACUUGGGUUUCCCCAGAUAAUGCAACAGAAAAUCAAAUCGACCACAUUGCCAUCAGCAAAAUGUGGAGACAUUCAUUAUGUGAUGUCAGAAAUAAAAGAAGUGCAGACAUGGCUUCUGACCACCAUCUACUAAUCGGUGAAAUACAACUCAAAUUAAAUGCGGUCUUUAGAAAGCCACAAUUCAAAAGGAAACGGUUCGACCUCGCCAAACUCGACAAUCCUACUGUUCAAAAUAACUAUCAAUCUCUUUUAUCGGCCCAAAUCCCUAAUCCCUUGCCACUAGAAGAAGAAAUCUUUGAAGCCGAAACUUAUUGGGAACAAGCAAAAUGUGCCUUCACUGAAGCAGCACAACAAAGUGUCGGUAUUCCUCAACGUCAAAAUAAUCCGUGGAUCACCGAACAUACAUGGAAUCUUAUAAAAGCGCGCAAAGGAGAAAAAGAAAAGGUUAACAGUGCAAGAACGCGCCAAACAAAGCAGCAGGCACAAGCCAACUACAGUAUUGCCAACCGCAAAGUUAAACGCAGCGCUAGAGCCGAUAAGCGCAGAUGGCUCGACAAUUUAGCAACAGGAGCCCAAAAAGCAAGCGAAUCACAUAGGCUCAAAGACCUACACAUCAUCACUAAAGCUAUGGUGGGACGUAAACACAGGACUGCAAAACCAAUAAAAAAUACCAGGGGCGAACUAGUACACUCUAUUAUACCAAAGAAAGGUAACCUGAUGGAAUGCUCCAACUGGAGAGGCAUAACUUUACUAAAUGUAGCUUAUAAAGUUAUUGCUCAAAUCUUACAUAAACGUUUAACUUCGGCCGUUGAGCCUACACUACGAGCCGAGCAAGCAGGAUUUAGGCAUAAUCGAUCAUGUGCCGACCACAUAUGUAAACAGCCUUCGAAUAAUAGUCGAACAGUCUAG